CUCCUCCAAUUCCUGCCUCUCCUGGGGGCCCUCUCGGUCCUCCCGGGGGCCUCCUGUCCUCCCAGCCUGUCCCCCCACCACCCUGCACCCUCUGCGGAUUGGUCCCCGGCCUGCCAGGGGGCGGUGCCCUCGGUCCCUGACGUCAGCGGCCGAGGGGGGCGGGGGUUGGGGGAGGGGGAGACGGGCCCGGCUCAGCACCUCGGAGAGCUCCCUCCCCGGCCUUGUUUUGCUCCCGCGUCGCCGCCGGGGGAGGGAGUGAGGGGGCCGGGCGCGAGGCGCGGAGGCAGGGGGAUGGCCGCGGAGGGGUCGAGGGGCCCCGGCGGGCGGAGGGCCCAGCCGUGAGCCGGCGGGGGGCUGGAACGCCGGGCGGGGUGUGGAGGGCAGCGGGCGGCGGCAGCAGUGGCCGCACAUCUGGAUGGAAGCGAGCUUUGUCCAGACCACCAUGGCUCUGGGGCUGUCCUCCAAGAAGGCGUCUUCCCGCAAUGUGGCCGUGGAGCGCAGGAACCUCAUCACCGUGUGCAGGUUCUCUGUGAAAACCCUGCUGGAGAAGUACACGGCCGAGCCCAUUGAUGACUCAUCUGAAGAGUUCGUGAAUUUUGCAGCCAUCUUAGAGCAGAUCCUCAGCCACCGUUUCAAAGCCUGUGCCCCAGCAGGUCCAGUGAGCUGGUUCAGCUCAGAUGGGCAGCGGGGCUUCUGGGAUUACAUCCGCUUGGCCUGCAGCAAAGUGCCCAACAACUGUGUGAGCAGCAUCGAGAACAUGGAGAACAUCAGCACAGCCCGAGCCAAGGGCCGGGCCUGGAUCCGGGUAGCACUGAUGGAAAAGCGCAUGUCGGAAUAUAUCACCACAGCUCUGCGGGACACCCGGACCACCAGACGGUUCUAUGACUCUGGAGCCAUCAUGCUGCGAGAGGAAGCCACUGUCCUCACUGGGAUGCUGAUUGGACUGAGCGCCAUCGACUUCAGCUUCUGCCUAAAAGGUGAAGUGCUGGACGGGAAGACCCCUGUGGUCAUCGAUUACACACCCUACCUGAAGUUCACCCAGAGCUACGACUACCUGACGGACGAGGAGGAGCGGCACAGCGCCGAGAGCAGCACGAGCGAGGACAAUUCGCCGGAGCACCCGUACCUGCCGCUCGUCACGGACGAGGACAGCUGGUACAGCAAGUGGCACAAGAUGGAGCAAAAGUUCCGCAUCGUUUACGCGCAGAAGGGCUACCUCGAAGAGCUGGUGCGCCUGCGCGAGUCACAGCUCAAAGACCUGGAAGCUGAGAACCGGCGGCUGCAGCUGCAGCUGGAGGAGGCGGCAGCGCAGAACCAGCGCGAGAAGAGGGAGCUGGAGGGCGUGAUCCUGGAGCUGCAGGAGCAGUUGACAGGUCUCAUCCCUGGUGAUCAUGGCCCCCUGACCCAAGGCUCCAAGGAACUCACCACGCCCUUGGUCAACCAAUGGCCAUCACUGGGAACACUCAACGGGGCUGAGGGUUCCAACAACUCUAAGCUCUACCGAAGACACAGCUUCAUGAGCACGGAGCCACUGUCAGCAGAGGCCAGUCUGAGCUCAGACUCCCAGCGCCUGGGAGAUGGCAAGCGAGAUGAGGAGCCCUGGGGUCCCAUCGGAAGCUCAGAGCCACGUUAGUGGCCCCCUUCAAGUGAAUGUUCAGGAUUUCAACGCAUGCAUUUUGUGUUGACCUCACCCCUGGCUUCAUCUUGGUUUUUCUCAUCCUAGUUCGCUAGUACUCCCUGUGCCUGGAUUUCAUUUGGUUUGGUUUUUGAAGCCAUGCUGUAAUGGAUGACCCUAGAUCUGAGAUGAGGCAGGUCAUGGACAUGUAACAAUGCCAUCACUGUAUGUGACUGUCUGUGUGUGUCUCCCCCACCAGACUGUGAGCUCCAUGAGGGCAGGGACCUGUCGCGUCCACUUUCUGUAUCCCCUGUGCUUGGAACACAGCAAGUGCUCACUGUGUGUUUAAUAAAUGGACAGAGAGGCUGAACCUC